AUGAAUAUUAUCAUUCUGAUAAUCUAUUUGAUUUAAACUUCUUUUUCUGAGCUUUUGAAUAUAAGAGAAUGUUAAGAAUAACUUCUUUACCCAAAGUUUUGUAUAGAAUCAACGAAACAUUCUCCAUGUAAAAUAAUUUAGAUAUAUUAGGCAUUUUUCAUGAACGAUUGAAAUUUUGUCUUCCAAUUUAAGAUACUAAUAAAGGUUGCAGUAAUAAUUUAAAUGAAAAAGCUUGUAUAAAUUAAUUGAGUGAUUAAUAUGGAAAAGAGUGUUAAUGUAUAGAGUUAACUUAAUUUAGGUAUUUUUAAUUUGAGAUGCUAAAAAGCUUCAAUAAUACAGUUAUCUAAUUUAGGCUGUUUUGAUAAGUUUAACAAGCAUGCUUGUAUGAAUGUUAGAAAUCAUAGAUGCUAAUGGGACAUUUCUUGCCAGUAUGUUUCAAAUGAACAAAUAGAAUUUAUAUCAUGUGAUUAGUAAUAUAAAAUGCCUGUGUCUCCUUUGGUUUGUUCAUCCAUACCGAAAUUAGAAUGUAAUGACAAUUUAUCAUUAUUAAGGUAUGAACUCUGGUUCAUUGGGAGGUUAUAAAUGUGUUUCAAUACAGGAGAAGGAUUACUAAUAAUUAAAAUGCUCUGAGUUAGGAUUGACUGAGCUGGCUUGCAGAAAGAUAAUUGCAUUUGAAGAAAAAUGUAUUAUUAUAAUUAAUAUUAGGUAUUUUUUCAAAUAAUGUUUGCCGACAAGUCUAGAAUAAUGAAAUUGUAAAUUGCAAUUAAAAGAUCAAUAAAUUAGCUUGCCUUUCAAUAAAUAAUCCCAACCUUAAUUGUUAUUGGAUGAAUCAUUAAUGCUUAGAAUUUAAAGUAUCAGAAGAAAAUUAAGAAAUCUUGUCUAAUGUAAGUGUAAGUGCUAGCGUAUGUGCUAAGCUUUAAGAUUCUUAUAAAUUUGAUACCGAAAAAUAUCAAUGCGUACUUAUUCCUUUGGAGAAUUCUCAAAUUUUGGAUUGUAAUACGAUUGGAUUAUCUAAGAAAGGUUGCCUAUUUAUAAAAAAUAAAAACUGUUCUUUUUAUGGAGGGAAAUGUUAAGAACUUAAUGAAUAAGAUCUUAAAAGUUAUUUAUGUGAAAUGGAUUUGAAUGAAUAAGCUUGUGUUAAUUUAGAAACUGAAUUUUAAUAUUGUAAAUGGAAUGGAAGUAAUUGUAAAAGAAUAUUUAUGAAUUAAGAUAUAAGUUGUCCUUUAUAAAAUAAUAAUCAUUUAAUGAAAGUUAAUGGAAAUGUUUGUUAAGCUAUAUCAAAAUCAGAUGUUUUAUGUAAAUAUGAUUAAAAAACAAAUUUAUGUGUUAUCAGUACCAAUUAUGAUAAAUGUAAUACUCCAUUUCUUAAUUUUUUUGGUUGCAUUGGUAUUUAAAAUCAUCAUUAAACAUGCCAAUGGUAUUAAAAUAAAUGUAGAAUAAUAACAAUUCAAUAAAACUCUACUUUAUGUGAAACUUUAAAAAAUGUAAAUCCUUAUUCUUGUUCUUAAGUUUAUCAAAGUAAUUCUAUUGGUUGCUAUUACGAUAAAGAUUCAUAUCAAUGCAAAUCAAUCUUAAUUGAUUCAGAUUCACAGUUAUUAAAUACAAUCUCAUGUAAAGACUUAUCAUUAGGAAUUAAUAAAGUUUUAUGUGCCUCAAUCACUACUCCAUUUACUCCCUGUAGAUGGCAUUAAGAUUAAUGCUCUUAUAUCAAACACAGAAAAGAUAUCGCAAAUGUUCCCUGCAUGAACUUGUAACAUGCUAACUAUUAAGCUUGUUCUUUAGCAUAGUAUAACAAUGAACCUUGUAUAUAUUCUGAAAAACAUCUAGGAUGCAAUAAUAUUAUUAAACAGGAAACUUAAUGUAACGCAAAAGGAUUGAAUGCUAUUGGUUGCAUAUAAAUAAAUUAAAAUUGUUAUUUCGAUAAAAUCGCUUGCAUAAAGAAGUAAGAAAUAGAUUUUAUACCUGGUGGUGCAAAAGCCAAUGAUUAUACAAUUAUAAGACUUAAUUACUAUGACUCUGAAGUAUGCAAAUCAGUCUUUCUAACAAAACUUGCUUGCUCUUCAAUAACAACGAAAGGAGAAUUGUGCAUUUGGUCAUUUAAGUUAAAUUCUUGCACUUAAACAUCAAUUAAAUAUAAUGAGAGUUGUCUUACUUAUUCUGGUGCAUAGUUCAUAAUAAAUCCUAAUGUAUGUGCAUCAAUUGUAACAUAAGUUCCUGAAUUUUGUGCCUUUGAUGUAAAUACAAAAAAUUGCAAAAUUCAAUACUUUGGUUGUAUAACAAAAUGUUGUACUGAAUAUAAUAUGAUUGGAAUAAAUGCACAUUCAUGUAGUAGAUAUUCAAAACAGGCUGAAGGGGUUUAUUGUUAUUUUCGUGAUUAGAGAUGCUAAGAACUAAAAGUUGAAACUGUUGAUAUAUCUGAUGAGGCUAAAGUUAAAAAAUACUACAAUGAUUUGAAGUUACCUUGCUCAUCUAUGAAUAUAAAUUCUUGCCAUAUGAUUGAGUGGUCAACUUCUUAACUUUGUUAUCACAAUGGAGAAGUUUGUAAUAAUCUCAAUUUUUAACUAUAUCCAAAUUUGAAAAUUUUUACUGAAGUACCUUCAAAAUUGAAUAAAUUUGCUUGCUUAGCUAUAGAAGCUACAGAAUCAACUUUCAAUAAAUUGAAAUAUUUUACCUACGAUUCUAUUAAUUACAGAUGUCAAGAAUUCAAAGUUAGUCCUGAAUUUACUUAUUCUACAUGUGAAGAUGCGAAAGGCAAUAAAAACAUAUGCACAAGAUAUACUACAAAUAAUUGGUGUAAAUGGGAUCCAGAGAACCAAGAAUGUAAGACUAUAGAAGAUGAUGUCUUUGAUGAAAUUUAAAAUUGUAAUUCAAAUGUAAACAAAAAGGCUUGCUUAGAAAACAAAUUUUCGAAUUGUUAUUUCUCAAUUGAAAACGAUAGUUGUUUAGAAUUUCCAUAAGAUGUUAAAUGUGAUUACUUUUAUUAAAAGGGUUUUGUAAAAUAAUCAGUAUGCAAGACUAUUAAUGUAUUAGGUGAAAAGUGCACUUAUUCUGAAGAUAAACAAACCUGCAUAAAAUCAGAAUAAAAUUAUGAAGAUUGUGAUAUUUCAAGGUUUGACAAUAAUAGAGUUUGUUAUGAUAGCACAGGUGGAUUAUGUAGAUGGGAUUCAGCUAAUUUACUUUGCUAUUAAAACGGUACUGAAAUUUCAGAAUUAAAUUGCGAUGACUAUUUAAAUAGAUAACUAUGUCUAAUUGUAACAAAAGAAGCUUGUAUGUGGAAUGAUAAGGAAUAUUAAUGUUAAAGAUUUUAAUACGAUCCAAAGGCAUUAAAACAUUCAUAUAAUUUAAUUAAUGAAAAAGCAUGCUUAUCAAUUUAAGAUGCUGCAUAUAUUUAUCAAAGGGAAACUAAUCGAUGUUAUAGAACCUAUCGUAGGUUGUAUAAUUGUGAUUAAUUUCAAUUGAAUUAAUAUGCUUGCUUAUAUUUUACAAGAAGAGCUCUCUGUUUUUAUGAUAGCAACGAGUCAAUCCCAAAAAAUUUCUGUAAAUAAUUUAGGGAUGAAUAAUCCAUUUGUAAUACUGAUAACUUAAUCAAUAUUGAAGUUUGUAUGAAUUUACCUGUUCCAUGCCUUUUUGACGAAAGAACUCUUAAAUGUGAAUCAAUUUAGAUAAACGAAACUGAUACAUGCUCGCAAUUAUUCAAUUAAUCAAUAAAUAAUAAACAUCACAAUAAAAUUGCUUGUGCAUCUGUGCGUGCAAGUUAAACAAAAAAUUCCUGUUCUGAAUAAAGUUGGACAUGUCGUUUUGAAAAAAACUGUUAUUGGUCAAAUUAUACAUGUCAAAUCUACUAAUUUAAGUAUAGAUAUAUCGAUAUCAAUUUUAAUUAUGGCUUUUGGGAUGAUUUUUAUUGUUAUUGCAACAACCAGUAUAGUUGCUAUAGCCAGAAUAGUUGCUCUUAUGAAAAUAUUUCUAAUGAGUACAUUAAAGAUUAUCCAAAAAUAAAAAUUGAACUAGAAUAAUAUAAUUGGUAUGAGUCAAGAGUUGAAUAUAAUUCAGAAUAGUUAUUUACUUCAGAACAAGACGAAUUUGUAAUUUGCAAAAGAGUUAAUUGCUAUUGGUCAUUAGAUCACUCCUACUACUUCGACAGGAUGAACGAGUAGAUUUAUUCUUAUGAAGAGUAUGAGGAAUUUAGCGAUGAAAGUCAUGGUACUUCAAUUUAUCGAUUUAUCUCCUCACCAUAUAUGGUUAUUGAAUUUAUUUAUAAUUUUUCUCCUUAGAUUUCAAAGAAGAUAAUAAUAUAGAUAUCAUAUAACAACCUUCUUUCAAAAGCUCUCUGUAUGAAAUUAAAAGAUAAAGGAUUUUUUUUUGAUAUUAAUCAAGGAGGUUGCAUUUAAUCAAAGAAUAAUGAACAUAAGAUACCAAAUUGCGAAAGUUUAUCGAAUAAUUGUCAUGUAAGUUAAAGUAAAAACGCAAUUUGUAAAGAUGAAGAAUAAUCAACCAAUUAAUUUUAAAGACUUUUCUUAGAUGAAAGUAAUAAUUGUAAGACUCUUGAAGUUGAUAAAUCCAUUUACAAUUGUGAUGAAAUUAAAAAAGAUUUUUAGCCAAUUUUAUGUGCAAAAGCCUAGGAUAAGUGUAGAUUUGAUGGGAUAAAAUGUAUUAGUACUGAUCCAGAGCCUUGCGAAUGUGAUAAAAGUUAUAGCGAAGAAUUAUGUGAAAAAUGCAAAUGUAAUUAUACAUUUUUAGGUUAUUGCUAAAAAGAAAGCCAAGUUCCUUAAUUAAAUAAUGAUUAUUCAAAUUAAUACUAUUUAUGUUAUGAAGUUACUAUGUUUGUGGCAAAUAAUUAAGAAAUAGUUUGUGGUUAAGUUGAUUAAGCAUGUAAAUUCAAAGAUAAUAAAUGUGAGGAUGCAACUCAUUCUACUUGCGAUGAAUUAAAAAACCUUAUUGUAUCUUAUUAAGCAUGUGUAAGAUGUUAAGGUUAAGCAAUGAAAUAUAAUAGAAGUACUUAUAAAUGUGAGCCUGUAUCUGAAAAUAUCAAAGAAUGUGAAAAUCUAAAUAAAAAAGGUUGUUUAUCAUAUUCAAAAGAAGUAAAAUGUAAAUGGAUUGCAUCUCCAAGAUAAAAUAAAAAAAAAUUCGACUUUAACUGUUUAAAAAUAGAUAAAUUAGAUUUAUUAGAUUAAUUAGAUUGUGCUAUAUUAAAUGAAGAUGCUUGUAAUAAAGAAUAAAUAAAUUUAUGUUGGUUUGAUUAGGAAACAUAAUUAUGUGUGAAAUAUAAUCCAUUUAAAGGAGAAUGUACUUCAUUUAUGAAUAAUCUAACUUGUAUAUAAUCUAUGAUUUAAUCAUGUGUAUGGGAAAAGAAAUGUUAAAUAGCAUCAGAACAAUAACAAUGUGAAGGUCUAAAUAAAUUUGGAUGUUUACAUUUGGAAAGUCAAUCUUGUGUUUGGUCUGAUAAUAAUCACAAAUGUGAAUCAGCUAUAUUCAAUGAUUAACCUAAAAAUUGUAGUGAUUUAAAUUAAUCUGAUAUUUCACAUAUGAAUGGUUUAACUUGUACAUCAAUCAAUAUUCAAAAACCUUGUAUUCUAGGUCAAAAUUACAAAUGCAGAGAAAUUAUUGAGCCUAUGUUAUAUAAAUGUGAAACUAUUGGAUUAAAUAAAUAUGCUUGUAUUUUAAAAACCCAAAACAAAUGUGCAUUCAUAGAUUAAAAGUGCGUCCCCAUCGAUACUGAUAAAGUAGGCUGCAAAGAUUAUUUAAAUCAAAAUGCUUGCAUUAAUUAAGAAUAAUAUUGUAUAUUUUAGAAAGAAAAAUGUUAAAGCCGAGAUUUUACAUAUUUUAAUUAAUUGCUUGACAAAGAAUAUGAAUAUGCGACUUACUCCAGCAGAUUUUGUAAUUAGAUUGACAGGGACGCAUAUGUUUAUAGCUAAAUUUAAAAAAAGUGCAUUAAAGCUGUAAACUUAGAUAAAAAAUUAACAGAUUGCUCAUUACCUGGUAUUAAUAAAUAGACUUGUUUAAAUUAAAUAAUAGCUUUUUGCGAAUAUAAAAAUGAUAAGUGUUAGUAAAUUGAUAAGGAAAAAAUAGAAUCAUGCUCUAACAAAUUAAAUAAAUUUGCUUGCACUUAAGUUGAUAAUAUAUCAUGUAAGUUUGAAAAUAAUGAAUGUCAUGAACUUAAAAAAGAUGAAUAAUUUGAUUGUAAAUCAUUGUAAUUAGAAGUGAAUGAAAAAUCUUGUUCUUAUUAAAAGUAACCAUGCUUUUAUGACAGUAAAAAAAGAGUUUGUGGUGAAGUUAACUUUGAGACACAAGAAAAAUGUGAAGGGUUAAAUAAAAAUGCUUGCAUAUAUAAUUCAGACUCAUUGUUAUGCGAAUUUAAUAUAAGUCAAAAUAAGUGUGAAAGUUCUUAUGGAUAUUCCUUUUGUGAAGAUUUAGUUAACAAAAAUAAGUGCUUAGCAAUUACAACAAAAGGAUAAUAUUGUAUAUUCAACGACAAAGUUGGAGAUUAAGGAUGCGAGAAAAUUGAUGAAGCCGCUAUAUUGAAAAAGAAAACGUGUGAGACAGAAUUCUAAACUAAUCCAAUUACAUGUUCUAAAAUAUAAGAUACAGUUGCAUGCUUUUAUGAUAAAUUUUCAAAAAUGUGCAAAAAAUAUGAAUAGUAUUGUGAGAAUGAUUAAAACUGCUCUCCCAAUUAUGAUUAUUAACGAAUCUACAAGAAUUAUUAACUGUCCAACAUUGAUUCCUUUAACAAAAACACUUGUAUAUAAUUUUCAGAGGCAAUUUCUUAUAAUCCUAUAGAUUCAAAAAGUACACUAUUUCCAGUCCUUCUUUUAUGGAAAGACGGCUGCACUGAGAUAAGAAGCAUUCAAUUAUAGUAUUUAAGAUGCGAUGAAGAUAUAAACAUAUAUACUUGUGUAAGUAUUUUAACUCCAAAAUAAUACUGUUAAUUUCAAUAUAAUAAAUGUGUAAAUGCUAAUUUGAAUGAUUUCAAAGAUAAAAAAUGUGAUUAAAUUAAAGAUAUCAACUCAGGUGUCUUUUGUGCUAUAACUUCUGGAGAUCCUUGUCGAUUCAAUUAAUAAUUACAUAAAUGUGAAGUUGUAAACGAUAAUAAAGUUGAAUGUAUUGAGGAAAAUCCAGAAAAAAAAGGAUACAAUGAGGAGGCUUGCUAAUUGGAUGCUGAAAAUUGUGUAUUUAAUGAUUAAUGUUAUAAAGUUAAAAAAGAUCAACUAUAAUUUUGUCUAAAUGCUUUCGAUCAAGAAAACUGUUCGAAAGUAUUAAUUGAGGGAUGUAGAUUUAAAGAUAAUAUUUGUUUGAAAAUCUAAGAUUCAGAGUAUGAUCAACUUAAAUGCGAAGAAGUUGCAAAUCGAAUAGGAUGUGUGAAUAUUUAAACCAAAGAUCAAUAUUGCUAAUUUUCAGAAUCAAAAUGUGUUUCGCGCACGAUACCUUCAAAGACAAGUACAGAGUGUGAAAAUUUUAAAAAUAUUAAUCACUACAGCUUUUGUGAAUAAACAACAGAUAUUGGAUGCAUUUAUGAUUUUCAAUUAAACUCAUGUAAAAUUGUACCUGAAGUUUAAUAUUUAACUUGUUAAAGAGGUAUUAAUAAAAUAGCAUGCUUGCAAUAAACAGAUAAGAAUCUUAAAUGCUAAUUUCUUAAUUAUUGUUUGGACUCAGAUUCUGGAAUCUAGAAUUGUAAAUUAUCUGAUAAAAACUUAUGUUGUAAGUUAGCAGCCACAAAAGAAAAUUGUCUAAUUUAAAGUAUUUAUUAAUGCCAGUGGUCAAAUAAUGAAUGCUAGAGUUAUUAAAAGAACGAAAUUACAUAGUGUGAUUAAAUCAAACUCUCGAGUUUAUCGGCUUGCACUUCUAUUGAGAAUAUGUUCUGUAAAUACGAUACGGAUAAAGAGACAUGCAUUUCUAUUAAUCCGACUUCAUGCGAAGAAUUAUUAUCAUCAGGUUAAUGUAAAAGAAUGAGUACUUUACCUUGCAUCUGGCUAGAUGAUAACCAAUAAUGUAUAGAACUGGAUAAAUAACAUAUAAGUAAGUUAAGUUGUAAAGAUGUAAAAGCAUAAUCUGGUAGUUAAAGAACUUGUAUGAAUGUUAAUUUGGAGGGAUAAAUGUGCAUUUUUAAUGAUUUUUAAUGUGAAACCUUUUAAUAAUCUAAUGAAAAUAAUUGCUUAGAUAAUAUUAAUAUUAAUUCAUGUAAACAAUAAACUAAAAGUGAUUGUUAUUGGAAUCUAGAUGAUUAAUCAAGGAUAUUGUAAGUAAGCAUAUCACUAGAAGAAGAUAAAUUUGUUAUGCGCUAUGGAAAAUGCAUAGCUUUUAAAGAUAUUGAUAAAAAUGGUUGCCAUUCUAAUCUUAGUUAUACAUCUUGUUUGAAAAUUUCAAUGGAAGGUGCAUUUUGCAUUUGGAAAAAUUAAGAAUGCUAGAAAAUUGAUUCUGAUCAGGUAACUGUUUAUGAGCCUUCAUCUUUUGCAUAGAUUAAUGCUAAUGCGUGUGGUUUAAUAAAUAAUGGAGAAAAAGUAUAAUAUGAUAAAAAUAUAUAUCAAUGUGUUAAAGUUCAAGAUAUUCGAACUUUAUCAUGUUUAACAGAGGGAUUAAAUAAAGAAGCAUGCAUAAACAUUGAAAAAUAAGAUUGUCUUUGGGAUGUAAACACUAGAAAAUGUAUAUAGUACGUAUUCAAAUCAAAAUAUGAAACUUGUAAAAUAGUAAAUGCAUCUUCUCAAUUGUGCACAGACAUAGAUUUAUAGGAGCCAUGCGGAUUUAUAAAAGAUGGAUGCGAUAAAGUUGAUUUAAAUUAAAUUAAAUGCAAUUCUGAUGGAUUAAAUAAAUUUGCUUGCCUUAAUGUAACACAAUUUCCUUGUAUUUGGAUUAAAAAUAUUGAUGAUGUAAAAUAUCAUUGUUAAGAUUUUAUUCCAUCCACUCCAUGUGAAUAAAUACCAAAGGAUGUCAAUUCUAAGGUUUGCUCUCUUGUUCAAGAAGAUUCAUGUUAUUAUAAUAUUGAUAAAUCAAAAUGUGAAGUACCAAAUAAGGGUUAAACUAAUUGUGAAUUGGUAGGAUUAAACGUUAUUGGAUGUGUAUAAAUUGAAAAUUGCUUUUUCGAUUAAAAAUGUUAAUUAUUGAAUAAAAACAAAUACAAAAGUUAUAAAUGUGAUGAUUUUCCAGUAGCUAAUAAAUUAAUUUGUAAAAAUGCCACUGAUUCUUGUAAAUAUAAUGAAAUUCAGUAUGGAUGUUCACCAGCUAAUGAUGAACUAUGUUCGAACGAUUCAUUAAGCGNAUUGUCUAAUUUAAAGUAUUUAUUAAUGCCAGUGGUCAAAUAAUGAAUGCUAGAGUUAUUAAAAGAACGAAAUUACAUAGUGUGAUUAAAUCAAACUCUCGAGUUUAUCGGCUUGCACUUCUAUUGAGAAUAUGUUCUGUAAAUACGAUACGGAUAAAGAGACAUGCAUUUCUAUUAAUCCGACUUCAUGCGAAGAAUUAUUAUCAUCAGGUUAAUGUAAAAGAAUGAGUACUUUACCUUGCAUCUGGCUAGAUGAUAACCAAUAAUGUAUAGAACUGGAUAAAUAACAUAUAAGUAAGUUAAGUUGUAAAGAUGUAAAAGCAUAAUCUGGUAGUUAAAGAACUUGUAUGAAUGUUAAUUUGGAGGGAUAAAUGUGCAUUUUUAAUGAUUUUUAAUGUGAAACCUUUUAAUAAUCUAAUGAAAAUAAUUGCUUAGAUAAUAUUAAUAUUAAUUCAUGUAAACAAUAAACUAAAAGUGAUUGUUAUUGGAAUCUAGAUGAUUAAUCAAGGAUAUUGUAAGUAAGCAUAUCACUAGAAGAAGAUAAAUUUGUUAUGCGCUAUGGAAAAUGCAUAGCUUUUAAAGAUAUUGAUAAAAAUGGUUGCCAUUCUAAUCUUAGUUAUACAUCUUGUUUGAAAAUUUCAAUGGAAGGUGCAUUUUGCAUUUGGAAAAAUUAAGAAUGCUAGAAAAUUGAUUCUGAUCAGGUAACUGUUUAUGAGCCUUCAUCUUUUGCAUAGAUUAAUGCUAAUGCGUGUGGUUUAAUAAAUAAUGGAGAAAAAGUAUAAUAUGAUAAAAAUAUAUAUCAAUGUGUUAAAGUUCAAGAUAUUCGAACUUUAUCAUGUUUAACAGAGGGAUUAAAUAAAGAAGCAUGCAUAAACAUUGAAAAAUAAGAUUGUCUUUGGGAUGUAAACACUAGAAAAUGUAUAUAGUACGUAUUCAAAUCAAAAUAUGAAACUUGUAAAAUAGUAAAUGCAUCUUCUCAAUUGUGCACAGACAUAGAUUUAUAGGAGCCAUGCGGAUUUAUAAAAGAUGGAUGCGAUAAAGUUGAUUUAAAUUAAAUUAAAUGCAAUUCUGAUGGAUUAAAUAAAUUUGCUUGCCUUAAUGUAACACAAUUUCCUUGUAUUUGGAUUAAAAAUAUUGAUGAUGUAAAAUAUCAUUGUUAAGAUUUUAUUCCAUCCACUCCAUGUGAAUAAAUACCAAAGGAUGUCAAUUCUAAGGUUUGCUCUCUUGUUCAAGAAGAUUCAUGUUAUUAUAAUAUUGAUAAAUCAAAAUGUGAAGUACCAAAUAAGGGUUAAACUAAUUGUGAAUUGGUAGGAUUAAACGUUAUUGGAUGUGUAUAAAUUGAAAAUUGCUUUUUCGAUUAAAAAUGUUAAUUAUUGAAUAAAAACAAAUACAAAAGUUAUAAAUGUGAUGAUUUUCCAGUAGCUAAUAAAUUAAUUUGUAAAAAUGCCACUGAUUCUUGUAAAUAUAAUGAAAUUCAGUAUGGAUGUUCACCAGCUAAUGAUGAACUAUGUUCGAACGAUUCAUUAAGCGAUAUAGCUUGCUAAAAUUAACCACAAUGUAUACUUUUAGCUUAAAGUUGCCAAUGCAGCCUGUUAAUUGAGACUUAUGAUUGCAAAUACAUUACUGAAUCAAAUUAAUGUGAAUAGUUUAGACAUUGCAAACUUCAGUCUAAUGAUGUAUAUAAAGAUCAAAUGUGCAGUAUUCCAAAUACAAUUUGUUAUUAGAAUGAUUCUUAAUAAUGUUUAUCUGCAUCAAAAUGUGAGGAAAUAAUCAAUCCAUUAUAAUAAUGUUAAGAAUAUUCAUUUAAGGAUUUGCCGUGCUAACAGAUGAAUGAUAAUCAAAAGGUUUGCAAAACAAAAUAAUGCUCUGAUUAAACCUAUUAAUAAUGUAUUUAGAAUGAGUGUAAUUGGAAUUAUUUCAAGGACAGUUGUUAAGAUUUAAUGGAAUGCGAAUCAAUUUAGAAUUAAGGUCUAUGCAAUCAAUAAUAAUUCUAAAAAAGAUAAUGCUUAUGGGUUGAAGUGAAGGGUAAGCAAGUAUGUGUAGAACAAAAAUGCAGCUAUUUAGAAAAAGACUAAAUUUGUGCUGGAUCUAGGGUUGCUCAAUAAACUUGUGUAGAAUUAACAAAAGCAAUUUGUGUUUCAUGUGAAGAAAUUUCUGAUUCAUGCGAAUGUUUAAGAUAGUCAGAUUAUUGUUAAUACGACAUCGAUAAUAGGAAAUGCACAUCUAAGAAAUGCGAAUCAUAUUCCAACUAGCUUUAAUGUCCCUUUGAAUUUUGUAUAUUUUAGGAUUAGGUAAAAAUGAUAAUUAUAUAUAGAUAUGUUAAACUAAAUGUGAAAAUAUUACAGAUGAAUUUAAUUGUAAAUAAGCUCAGCACUGUGAAUGGUUAGAAUCAAAAUAUUGUUAUAAUAUAAAUUGCAUAAAUAUACAAAAUAAAGAAAUAUGCGAUUAAAUUUUUCACUGUUAGUGGGAUGAUGUUGGAAAGUAAUGCUAAGACUUUAAGAAUGUGCAAGUAACCAUUAAUAUUUUUAUUGGAUCGAUGAUGCUUCCAAUCUUCGCCUUAAUAAGUUUAAUUUUAAUAUGA